CAACAUCAUUCUCUUGGCAGAACAAAAAGUGUCAGUAUAAAACUGAGACUACACCGUGGACAUCAUAUCCAACAACAAAAAACGUACAACAGUGUGAGAGGUAAAUAAAUAAAAACGAACAUCACAAAGAGCGUUUGGGAUUUUACAUUUUUAUUUUUGGUCACUUAAGGUGCCGUGCGUAAAAUGCACAUUUGGUGCAAUCUACAGGUAACUAGAUACACCACAUCAAUUUUGCGCUGAACAUGACCGAGGAAAAUGUUAAGUCGUUCAACAACCAUCCAUGCAGUCCAACGGGAACUGCCAGCUCGAUGUCGCAGGACGACUCGGAUUCGGACGUCCCGUCCUCUCCAACCGGCUCCGAUGGACAGGCGCCCAGGCACUCACCCGGCGACGGGAUUACCCCAAAACUGGACACCGGCGAGGAGGAUAACCGGUUUCCCGCGUGCAUCCGAGACGCGGUGACUCAGGUGCUGAACGGAUACGACUGGUCGCUCGUACCGAUGCCUACACGAGGAGACCGAGCUCUGAAAAACAAACCCCAUGUGAAGCGGCCAAUGAACGCGUUCAUGGUGUGGGCGCAGGCGGCGCGCAGGAAACUAGCGGACCAGUACCCGCAUCUCCACAACGCCGAACUCAGCAAGACCUUGGGGAAGCUAUGGCGCCUGCUCUCUGAAAGCGAGAAGAGGCCAUUUGUGGAGGAGGCAGAGAGACUGAGGGUCCAACACAAGAAAGACUACCCUGACUACAAGUACCAACCACGGAGAAGGAAGAGCACCAAGCCAGGUCAGAGUGACUCGGACUCCGGGGCUGAGCUGGCCCACCUCCACCCGGGCCAGAUGUACAAGGCUGAACCUGGUCUGGCCAGACCGACCUCCAUGGGGGAUGGGCAACAUCAUCUAGAUCGGACAAGCAUCUGUUGUGUCUUUUCUAAAGGCCAACCACAUGGACCCCCCACACCCCCCACCACCCCAAAGACAGAGCUGCACCUGGGGGUGAAACACGAGGGUCGGCAGAACAUCGACUUCAGCAACGUGGAUAUCUCAGAGCUGAGCACUGACGUCAUCAGCAACAUGGAGGCCUUCGACGUCCACGAGUUUGAUCAGUACCUGCCACUCAACGGGCAUGGCUCUGCCGAUGCACCUCCCAACCAUGGGCAGGGGGGGCAAGGACCCAACCCCCCCUCUGGGUCCCUAAGCUCCUCCUACAGCCACUCCCACAGCAAUGCCUCGCCUUGGGGUCCCAAAGGGCCGGGAGCGGGGGCGGCACCCCCUUCUUCCUCCUCGUCCUCAAGUAACAGCGAUGGCAUUCACCACAGAACGCAGAUCAAAACGGAGCAGCUGAGUCCCAGGCACUACAGCAGCCAGCACUCCCACAGCUCCCCACCACCCCACCCCGACUACACCCCCCUCAACUCCGGGAGCUGUCCCUCCUCUGCAGCCUCCUCUUCCUCCUCCUCCUUGCCCAGCCCCCAGUGUGACUAUGCAGACCUCCAGAGCCCUGGAUACUACAGUGCCUACACCAGCUACCCCGCAGGUCUCUAUCAGUACCCCUACUUCCACUCGUCUCGCCACCCCUACGGCAGCCCGCUCAUCAACAGCCUAGCAAUCCCUCCACCACACAGCCACAGCCCCACCACAAACUGGGAGCAGACUGUCUAUUCCACACUCACCAGGCCUUAGACUCAGCACUGACUGCCUAUGGUGCCUGUCUGACAUGGCUUUCACAUAGUCUGAGGGAUUCUUCUGUUUGUGCCGUGUUAGUGAGGACAUGACACAAGGCUCAAGAUUGGACAUUAUCCAAGACCAAGUGCCUGCUGGUUUUGUCACGAUGGACAGAGAGUCUUUACCCACAAGCAUGCAUGAAUCCUCCGUGAGGAAAACGUGGACCGCACUUCUGUUUGGACCAUAUCACAAAUUAACCCAAUUCUAUAUUUACUUUUUCAGUUCCUUUCUUGUUCAACUCUUCAUCUCAGAUUGAAUAAUUAUUAUAACUUUAAAAUAUUAUGUUUGUAUUUAUGUUUUAUAAAAAAUGUUUUAUUUUGGAAUGACCAUUGCAGUUAACAGAUUUAUCAAACUAACAAUUCCAUUUCCUAUUCACAUCACUUCAGUGCAGUUCCAUUCCUUGUCUGAAAAGAAGCUGUGGAUUUCACUCAAGGCAACAGGUGUUCAAUUCUUUUUCCUACGAAUGGAGUUUACUAGAUUUCAGGGUUGAAGGAAAUAAGUUAAACGAUCUACCAUACGUUGUGAUUGACUGGACAGCUGGACUAAGGACAGAAACGGCCAUACUCACCAUGUAGAAUGGACCGCUAAGCCCUGUGCAUCUGCUGCACUUUGAAGAAGACAUGUCCAUUCCAGCCCAGCAGUUCUGUAUGGAACUGUAUUAGCCUUGUAUUUCUGAAACUCAAAAAACAUGGAGAGACUGCCUAAUGGACAUUCCAGGUUUUGAUUAUUUGACAUUUAUACUUGAUAUGUCGACUGGAGUAUUUGUAUGCUGGCCCUAUGAUAACCAGUGACUUGUAACUGGCUCUUGUAAAUGCUUGAUAAGCUUAGUGUGGGAUGCUGUUUUAUGUUUACCUUUAUGAUGAAAUAACUGAAUUGCAGAGUAAGAACUCAGGCCGAGCCAUUAAAUACGUUUGCCCACACAACUUUUUCUGACAAUUCUGAAUAUUUUUGCAAAUGACAGAUAAAUAAACAUAACAUUUCUGAGUA